AUGAUUUUGAGUAUUUUGGUGGUUGUAAUCGUGAUAACGUCGGCCUGUUUUAUAACCAACUGUCCUCCGGGAGGCAAAAGGUCUUUGAGUCACGAGACGCCCAAAAAACAGUGCACGCGUUGCGGUCCGUCGGGAAGCGGACGCUGUUUUGGCGCCAACAUAUGCUGCGGCGGAUCCAUUGGCUGUCAUCUUAACAAUAAAUUUACGGCCGUUUGCAGUACUGAGGACUAUAGCCCUCAUCCCUGUUAUAAUGAGGGCAGACAAUGCGCUAACGGCAAAGNGCUUACUGAGGACUAUAGCCCUCAUCCCUGUUAUAAUGAGGGCAGACAAUGCGCUAACGGCAAAGGUGUCUGUGCUCUAGACUCGACCUGUUGUACAUCAGGCUUAAUUUUGGACUACAAUAUCGAGACCGUGAGAGCGAUUACCAAUGAGACCAUAAACCGUUUGGUCGAUGACUUUAAGCAACAAUUGGUGAGCAAUGUGUCCGUCGAAACACAUAUUAUCUCAGAUUUUGCUGAUUUUGAAAACGAUGUCGAAGAAGACCCGUCUGUUUGUAAACAGCUUAUGGUCAUAAUAAGUGCUUUGAAAUGUGCAAAAACCAAAAUUCUGUAUUCAUUACUACGAGAGAACUGUCCGUCAACUCUAUUGUUGUCCGUAAUCGAGAACAACUGUAUGCGACCGCCGGCUGACCAGGGAUUAGGAUUUCCAGUUAUGAAAUCAAUUAAUGAUAUAAUACCAAUGCUAAUCGAUAUGAAGUAUGACUUUAUGAGUGAAUGGGAUCACAUCCAUCUAAUCCACGACCACAGAUUAGACACAAAAACAUUGGAUGACUUAAUUAAGGGAUUGAAAGGAGUCUCUGGUUCUGGAAUCAGAGGCACAACAGUUACUACUUAUAGGCUUACGAUUACUGGCGACGAA